AUGGAUAUAUAUGAAGCUUUGGAGUUGAGGGAUAGAGGAUCGGAUUACCUUGGGAAAAGUGUCCUCAAGGCAGUUGAGAAUAUGACCAGUAUCAAUGGACCAGCAUUGAUUGGGAAGGAUCCUAGUAAGCAAGCUCAGAUGGAUACUUCUAUGGUUCAGCAAUUUGAUGGGACCUCUAAUGAAUGGGGUUGGUGCAAACAAAAGGUUGAUGCAAAUGCAAUAUUGGCAGCAUCAUCUGUUGUAUGCAAAGUAGGAGCUAGGUUGAAGAAGAUUCCUCUUUAUCAGCAUAUGGCCAAUUUUGCUGGAAACAAGAACUUAGUUUUGUCUGUGCCUGCAUUCAAUGUCAUUAAUGGAGGAUCUCAU